AUGUCGUCCUUGACAAGCGUCUCCACCGUACAACCAGACGCGUUUUCUCAAGCACCCGAAGACAUCGUCGUACCACUCCAUAGUCGUGAUGACACGAAUCAGAACAGGAAUAUCUCCAUCGAAUUCACUAUGCGUUUUGAUGACGUCCUUGAUUCACAGAAGCUAGUCGACUCGCUGUGGAAAUUGCUCGAGAAACCUGGCUGGAACAAAGUAGGAGCGCGAUUGCGUCUAAACACCACAAAUGGUAAACUCGAAUACCACAUACCACCACGUUACACCAAGGAACGUCCACCAGUCAAUUCUACUCAGAAGACGUACGACAUGAGGUUUGAAGAGCAUCCCAUCGGCCGCAAAUUUCCGGUGGUAGACGAGCACAACGACAGUGUCCAAUCCUUUGACGUACUAGACUCGCUUCGUGAGGUUACGCAGACGGAAAACAGCACUACGGUCCUCGAUGACUGGAUCCAUACAGAUAAAGCACAGCUCGGCUUGCACGUUGUGAGCUUCAAGGAUACUACGCUUGUCACGCUCACUUGGUUGCAUACGCUUCUUGACGCGAUGGGACGACAAGCCCUUCUAAAAGCGUGGCAGGCGGUCUUGGAGGGCAGGGAUGACGAUGUGCCAGAGUUCUGGGGGUUUGAUUUCGACCCACUGGCACAGCUUGGAGCGCCUCUCGGCGAAGACAAAACAACAGUGGAGGAUAAGAACACUCCUGAUGUGGAAGUGCAAGAGAAGAAACAAGAAUCCCCAUCUCUAGCCUCUGAAACAAAAAAAGCACCAACCGGCCGAAUGCUCUACGUGCCCGCAUCUUACAUGGCUCGCCUGCGUACUAGGGCAAUGAACGAUCUCACCUCCCUCGAUGCCUCACAAAUCACUUACAACACUUCAAACUCUUCCGAACCCAAGCCCUUCCUUUCCGACGGUGAUAUCUUUUCCGCGUGGUUGGUCAAACACCUCGUAUCCGCCGAUGCCACUCUUCUUGAGUCCCCGCCCGUUCGACCAGUCAUAUUCGUCAAUGUACUGGGAAUGCGAGACGUGCUGUCGACAUCUUCAUCCAAGUACAAAGUCUUGAUCCCAAGAGGAACAGCGUUCAUCGGGAACGCAGCAACCGGCAUCGUCUCUCCGUUCAGUCAAAAGCAAUUUCUGGACAUGCCACUAGGCCAUAUUGCUGCUCGUAUACGCAAAGACCUAGUUGAGCAAGGAAACAGGGAGGCUGUCGAAGCUUCUCAGCGUGCGAGCCGUAUCGAACAACAGACCAACAUGGCACCACCGGAUGCGCAAAUGGCGCCAGCAGUGUUCGUAGUCUCUAAUUGGGCAAAGGCCAAGUUGUUUGAAAUCAACUUCAGCGCUGCAGUUGUUCCUCGCACCGACAACCAGGGCGGGCCUGUUGGUAAGCCAACUACUGGCAAGCCCACAUAUAUCCAUGUGUACGGCACCGACAAACGGGCAACUGGUUCCGGUGUAGGCCCAGGUGGUAUUGGAAAUUGUGUAGGUAAGGACGCGAGGGGAGGAUAUUGGCUUGGAGGAAUCUGUUCUGGAGGGUGGGCGGAGAGGUUUGAGAAGGCUGUGUUGAGCGAUGCAUAG